UGUCUGUGGCCUUUGUUUAUUUUUGAGUUUGACAUUCUGAUGUCAAUGUCAUCAUUUGAAAGUUCAAAAAGUGAACACAAAACCAAAACAGAAGAAUAACCUAAAACUGCAACUUUGAACAUCGGUUUUAUACUUAUCAACUGAAUUGUUUAUUAAACUAUAAUAUAAUGGGUAGCAGAGGCCGAGGACGAGGAGGUGGAUUGUCAUUGACACAUGAACAACUUCAAUCUUUUGGCAUUACACGAGGUGAAAAUACUGCCACAACUCUCGCUCCGCCACCGUUAUUUCCAAAACUUGAAGCGAAACCUUUGCCACUGAACUGUGAUGCUGCGACUGAUUAUAUGGUCAUUGUUAAGGAUCAAUUUAUAGAGUAUUUACACGAGUCACCGGCUUAUGUUAAACCGAACACACGAACCGAUGGCAUAGAACGUUAUUCGGAUAAAUAUAAACAAUUGGCACUGGACGCUAAGCGGGGUAAAGUAUUGGAUUGUGUUUGCGCAAACAUGCCGGCGGAACUACGACCUCAAGCAAACAGAGUUCGAAGUAUAGCUCGAAAGCGUAAACUGGACGAUGCGAAUGUAUUGAGUAAAAAACUUCAAACUCUCGAAAAGAAGGAAACUCUGGAUGAAAACGAUGAAGGGACAGAAAAUAAGGACGAAGAUACUGUGAAGAAGGAGAAUGAGAAUGAAGAUGAUGAAGAUUUAGAGGAUGAAGAGGAGCAGGAAUAUGAAAUUGAUGAAGGCACAGAUUACGCUAACAAUUACUUUGACAAUGGAGAAGAUUAUGAUGAAGAAGAUGACAACCUUGAUGAUGGACCUGUUUAUUAAUAUUACACAGUCUUCUGCAAUAAUAAUAAUACUAUUUAAACCCUGUGAUAAAUAUAUGUACCUAGUCUUUA